AAUAGAAAAAACAUCAGUCUGAUAUUAAAUAAAUCAGGGUGACCAGAAUCAAAGCAAUACCAAUACUGAUAGCCAAAUCUUCAGGACCAAAACGAAUAAAGAUCAUUCAUGAAAGAACUGAUUUUUUUUGAUAUUUCUUUUUACAUUAUUACAUUGAUUUUGAAUUUAUUUUUCCAUGACAUAUUUAUGUUUCAGACUGAAGCUGACCUUUUCGUGUAUGAUGGAUUUGUCCAAGUUCCCUUUGGAUAACCAGAUAUGUACAAUGGAAGUAGCCAGUUUCUCUAAGACCAUCGAGGAACUGAGGCUGGAGUGGAAGACCCUGAAUCCAGUCAUCAUGGGAAAGGGGUUGAGGAUGCCGCAGUUUGAAAUAGUGGAUAUCAUGGCUUCUGACUGCCAGGAGUCUUUCCAGAUCGGAAAUUACAGCUGCUUGGUCGCUGAGUUUUAUUUAAGCAGGUCUGUCGGUUUCCAUCUAGUUCAGAGCUACCUUCCAACCAUUCUCAUAGUUGUCAUCUCCUGGGUGUCUUUCUGGAUGGAUGUGGACUCAGUCCCUGGGAGGACAACUCUGGGAGUCACUACGCUACUUGCUGUCUCAUCUCAAUCAUCUGGCAUCCAGAGUGGUUUGCCUCAAGUGAGCUAUGUCAAAGCCAUUGACGUUUGGAUGGGGACAUGCACAGCCUUUGUUUUCUGUGCUUUGCUGGAGUUCACAUUUGUCAAUUACAUGUGGAGAAAGGUGAUUCCCAUUGAGAGUGUUCCCUUAGCUAGUGAUAUAAACGGAAGGGUAAAACAAGAACAAUUGCCGGAAAGAAAAAUUGCAAUAGAACUUCCCAACUCUAAUAAACGAAUGGCAAGAAGAAUAGAUGAAUAUUCUCGGUUGUGUUUUCCACUCGCUUUUGCCAUGUUCAAUCUCCUGUAUUGGUCCUACUACCUUCGAUAGAGGCUACAUAUAUCUAUAAGCUUCACAAUAUUCAAUAUCUCACAAGAGUUUGGACACCGAGAGUUAAAAUGUGGAUUAAACAUGAUUAAUUCCAUAACCAGAGAGUGAAUUUCAGUCACGAAAACCUAUUUUAAGAAAACCUCAAUUAGACAACUGGAAACACUCCGUUUGUGACGUCAGCACUCUAAAGGCAACAUAAAUUCGAAACUCUGUCUUAAAUUUUUCAAGUGUAGUUUAGUGAUUUAACAGUGUAAAAUUGCAGAUUCAACCAAUAACUGAGUUGUCUAUCACAAUAUUCAAUAUAAACUUAUGCACUUAUAUGUAUGAAUAAUCAAUAAAAACAAUAAUCUGUGUACAAAAUUUUUGGAAAUAUAUAAAUGUUGUAAAAUCAGGAUUUCAAUUGCUUUGUUUUAAAACAUUAAUUAUUAGGUUUCUUCUAAUACGUAAUGUAAUAUUUUCUCCAUUAAAUGUUAUCUACAAAUUAUAACAAUUAAGCUAAAUACUUGAAAAAUAACAAAAAAAAAGUAUAAAUAAAAAAUAUUCUUUAUAGCUUACAUUUCAGAAAAGCUCUGUUGAAAAGCAAGAGGCAUCUAACAUCUGAGUUUCCUUCGAAAUGAAAGAAAAUAUUGCUCUCUCUUGUUCUGGCCCCAGAAAUCCUUUUCUUUCUUUGGUUGACUGUUUUUCCAUUUCUUAGAUAAUAACAAAGUAUAUACUGUGUUGAUCACCAUAUUUCAUCUUUUCUCAUGAGAAUAAGUCUGGCUACACUCCAUUUUAAUUCCUGGAUAUAAAUAAGAACAUAUUUUACUCAGAUUAUCUUCCUUGAUUUCAAGAUUAUAACUCUAUCACUUUCAUAUAUUUAAGCUAUUUCUUUUCUUUAAUAUCAGUAGUAACUAUAUCCUAACAUCAAACCAGGCAAUAUAUGUUUCAUUAUAAAAAUUAUCAUAGACCAAACAAUAUCAAGUUUGUAUUAUUAUGUACCAACAAUGAUGCAAUAAUUUCAAAACAUUUCAUGAUUAUCAAGAUUGGUUACAUUUUAUUUGAUACCAUUUAAAAAUAAAUUAUACAAAAUUUAAAUAGAAUAGAUUAAUUUUUAACUUAUAUUAUUUUAACUGUUUCACAAAUACCAUAUUAUAUGAUGUACAUAUAAAAACUUAUAUUGUAAUAUUAUUCCUUAUUAUUUUUUUACUGUAUAUUACUUUUAUUGAGAUUUAUUUUUUUAAGUUACUUUAGUCUAUGUGUUAACUAUAUAUAAAUUUUGCAUUAACAAUUAUUGUAAAUUAAU